UCCGUUGUUUACCCUCACUCCUGGAAACCCAGGCAAGGCAUUCUUGAAGGCACCGUUGUUCGAGAAAAUCGCUCCUCCGAGUAUGGCUGUGUUUGAGGAGAAACAGGAGGAUUGGGCCAAGGUUCACUUGUGAUACUGAAAUUGUAGAAUUGGAAUCUGGCGUUAUGAUGCAGGGAAUUGAAAUUAUCAUCACGAGACUCGUAGAGUGCUGUACCAUGGAUGGCGGUGAUAAGAGGGCAAAUGCCAGCCAGAUAAGGGCGAACCGGCCCUUGAAAACGCGGGGAUCCGGAGGGUGACACAUCAUCCCCCCUGCCACCGCAUUCGCCAACUCGCUCCGACCGGCCUCAAAGCGUGUCGUGGCCAAACAAUGCAUCAUCCAAUGCAUCGCCCUGUCACUCUCUCCUCCCUUGGUACACUCUAAGGCAUGUCGCACAGAUCCUUCUAGGCUUUCAUUGACAAUGAUUGAGGUACGCGAUCACCAUGUCGAAGACGACCCCAUCACGGUGGCAGGUCGUGAGGAGAAUACCCCAGCUGAAACGGCGGUCAACACUGGCGAAAGCCGUCAUGAAAGCCAGAGCGUCGACAGCGAUCGAGAUGCGUUCGAGCUGCAGAACAUCUCAACACAAGAGGGGGAUGAGGCUGGUUUUUCGACUGGAUCAAUCUCCUCCGGGGAAUACCGCGUCAGGACGAUCCGAACGGUUUCCCGGGCCAGUCAGCGCAGUCGUGAGACACGCAAGGGGCCAUGGGGACGUCUCGAACGCUUCUGGACGCGAAAUGUGGUGUUGACGGUACCACAGCGGAGUAACCGUGAUCAUUUUGCAUUGGAGCGCACCUUCUUGGCGUACAUCCGCACGUCAGUCAUGGUCGCCAUGCAAGGUGUUCUCAUCGCUCAGUUGUUCCGACUGCAGCACAUGGCUUCCCCGGAUCUGGCGUUAGGCUUUUACGAGGUGGGCGUUCCGCUGUCGGUGACCUACUAUGGAGCGGCCAUAAUAAUCGCUUUAUUGGGCGCUUAUCGCUUCUGGAAGCAACAAAAUAUGGUGGCCCUGGGUACAGUGUAUGCGGGAGGCUGGGAACUGAACUUGAUCGGGAUCUUAAUUGGCCUAAUUGUUUUAGCAACUUUUAUCAUAUCCUUAAUCAUCACUGUGCAGCUGGACAAUCUUGAUGACUGAUGAUGCGUGACGCCAUUAUGCUAGCGGGUAUUUUCUAUUAUUACAAGCGCCUGCAUCUGCCUCGUCUAGCGAUUUUUGUUGAAUUCCAGCAAAUGUAUUGUUAUUUUUGUACUGAUUUCUUCGGCG